GAAUCCAAGAUUCAAGAGCCAAACUUUACGAGUGGCAGCAAACACGAAUUCAAGAUAAUAACGGUUCAUUCGAUCUCAAACGGGCACGAUAAGCAAGAUUCCGGCAGAAGGCAGAUACGACGGCCAUGGUAUCAAUGAGCUUCGCCGCCGCGGCACAUCCGUUUCUGAAAAGAGCCGUUCAAAUAAUCCCUAGCCCUAAUUUCACACUCCUCAACCAUAAGUUUCCUCCCUCUUUAUUCCAUGCUCCUUUGACUUCUUCAGGGACUAUUGGUAUAUGUCAUGUGGCACAAGCUAUAAAGGGUGACUCUGAGUUUUUACUGAAGGGAGUUGUAAAUGAAGAAGUGAAGCAUAUAUUUGAAAUGGCAAAACGGGCAUCAUUAAGGCGUGAAGUUCUUUAUACAAAUUUUCUCACACCACCCGUGUUAAAGGAGUCGAUGGUAAUUUUAGAAAAGUUAGCAGAUGUUAAGGUUUUCUCUCAAGGUGGUUACCCGGAGGCUGAACGUUGUCGGCUGUCAGUUGGGCAUCCGGAAGCUUUGACAACCGAGCCUGACAUUGUGGCGGCGAUAAGUAUUUCGGGGAACUUUGGGUUUCAACCUUGUUCCCAUGGUGACUUUCUUGGCUCUAUUCUUGGCACGGGGAUUGUAAGAGAUAAAGUAGGGGACAUUCUUUUGCAGGGUGAAAAAGGAGCUCAUGUGCUUGUUGUUCAGGAAUUAGUUGACUUCCUUACCAUGUCACUCGAUAAGGUUGGGAAUGUACCCGUUACAUGUAAGAAGAUGCCAUUGAUUGCCCUUGAAUAUGAACCACCAAGGACUAAAACGUUCAAAACAGUAGAAGCUUCUAUGAGGAUUGAUGCCAUAGCAAGUGCAGGAUUCAAGAUUUCAAGAUCAAAAUUAGUUGCCUUGAUUAGUGAUGGGGAUGUGCGUGUGAAUUGGGUGACUGUGUCGAAGAAUAAUACAACUAUAAGAAGUGGAGACAUGAUAUCUGUAAGUGGGAAAGGAAGACUAAAGAUAGGAGAAGUGAAUGAAACCAAGAAGGGAAAGUUUGCAGUUGAGCUCAUACGAUUUCUAUGAUCUUCAUAGUGAUGAUGCUUGAUCGAUAUUUUGAAAGUUGAAACUUAAAAUGGGUGAAAUGUGGGCAUUCCUUUAAACUCAAACGGGUGUUUUGGAAAAUAUGCAAACUCAAUGGGCUAGUUUCACAUGCUUGUAUAGUUGCUCUAAGGUUGUAUUGAAUUUGACUAUUGAGUAUUGAGAUAUGUAUGUGCUUCUUAACGGGUUAAUUAUUAAAAAGUUUCAAAGUUUUUAGGCCAUUUUCGGUUUUUC